UGACGUAGUAGUCACUCGAAAGCUCGCAUCCUGACGCCGGGAGACCUUUGUAUAGUGUGGACGGGAUACAAUAAUGUCUGCGGUUGUGGCUCGGUACUGCGGUUUAGCUUACAAAACAUUUGAUAUAUCGUGCAAUUUGUGAUUAUUUUUUUAAGUGAAAAGGUAUAAAGGAGUUAUCACCAACAGAACGGUGAGAAUUUUUAACUGUUGGCAAUUCGACAUCGAAAAACCUCAAGGGAUACCCGCAUAGAAGGUAACUCGAAAAGGCCAUAAAAUGUCGUCGGUGAAGGUGGCGGUGCGGGUGAGACCCUUCAAUAAUCGUGAAUUGUCCCGCGAAGCUCAAUGUAUCAUUGACAUGGUUGGCAAUACAACGUCUAUCGUCAACCCGAAAGCACCACCUGGAACCAAAGACGCUGUCAAAAGCUUCAACUAUGACUACUCGUAUUUCUCCAUGGACCCUAACGAUGAUAAUUAUUCUUCACAAAUCAUGGUGUACAAAGAUAUCGGGGAGGAAAUGUUGCAGCAUGCGUUUGAAGGAUACAACGUAUGUAUUUUCGCUUACGGACAAACCGGAGCGGGCAAAUCCUAUACAAUGAUGGGAAAACAGGAGGAAGGUCAAGAAGGAAUUAUUCCACAGAUAUGUGAUGAUCUGUUUAGAAAAAUUAGUAGAAAUUCUAGCGACGAGCUCAAAUAUUCCGUCGAGGUGAGCUACAUGGAAAUAUAUUGCGAACGAGUACGUGAUCUGCUGAAUCCCAAAAAUAAGGGAAAUUUACGAGUAAGAGAACAUCCUCUUCUUGGUCCGUAUGUCGAAGACUUAUCCAAGCUAGCGGUCAUGUCGUAUCAAGAUAUUCACGAUCUUAUUGACGAGGGAAACAAAGCAAGGACCGUUGCGGCCACAAACAUGAACGAGACAUCGAGCAGAUCUCACGCAGUUUUCACAAUAUUUUUCACACAACAGAGGCAUGAUAGUACAACGGAUUUAGUGACGGAAAAAGUCAGCAAGAUCUCGUUGGUGGACUUGGCUGGUUCUGAAAGGGCAGAUUCUACAGGUGCAAAAGGUACCAGGCUCAAAGAAGGUGCCAAUAUCAAUAAAAGUUUGACUACUCUGGGGAAAGUCAUCAGCGCAUUAGCUGAAAUCGCGGCAACAAAGAAAAAGAAGAAAGCAGACUUCAUUCCAUACAGAGAUUCGGUUUUAACCUGGUUAUUGCGUGAAAAUCUUGGUGGCAAUUCUAAAACUGCAAUGAUCGCCGCUGUCAGUCCAGCUGAUAUCAAUUACGACGAAACCCUCUCCACAUUAAGAUAUGCGGACAGGGCGAAACAGAUCGUAUGCAAAGCUGUUGUCAAUGAGGAUGCUAAUGCUAAGCUCAUCAGAGAACUGAAAGAAGAAAUUCAGAAACUACGGGAACUUCUGAAACAAGAAGGCAUCGACGUACAAGAAGGGCCAGAUGGCAAAGUCACUUAUGAAAAGAAAGAAUCUAGAGAUGAGCAGACCAUAAGAACUAUCAAACGAGACGAUGACGUCAAAGAAACUAGACAACGGGUUCCAUCGCAUCCUGCAUCUACUCUUGCUGAGGAAGCUGUUGACCAGUUGCAAGCGAGUGAGAAACUUAUUGCUGAAUUGAACGAAACUUGGGAAGACAAGCUGAAGCGAACGGAAUCAAUACGCCUACAAAGAGAAGCAGUGUUUGCUGAGAUGGGUGUAGCUGUAAAAGAAGAUGGCAUGACUGUUGGUGUAUUCUCACCAAAAAAGACACCGCAUUUAGUAAACCUCAAUGAAGAUCCCUUUAUGUCCGAGUGUCUUAUUUAUUAUAUAAAAGAUGGGUUCACCAGGAUUGGUUCCGCUGAAGCUAAUAUUCCGCAAGACAUACAACUUUGUGGUCCAUAUAUUCUAAGUGAACAUUGCGCAUUUGAAAAUCAUGAGGGCAUCAUCACGCUAAUACCCAAAAAAGGUGCUCUGAUUUACGUCAAUGGUCGGGAAAUCGAAGAACGUAUUAUUUUAAAGACUGGAUCCCGAGUAAUCUUGGGAAAGAACCAUGUGUUCAGAUUCAAUCACCCUGAUCAAGUGCGAGAGCGUCGCGAGAAGAGUUCACCUGCUGAGACACCUGGUAACGGAGAGACAGUUGAUUGGAAUUUCGCACAAAUUGAAUUAUUGGAGAAACAGGGUAUUGAUUUGAAAGCUGAAAUGGAAAAAAGGCUACUCGUUCUUGAAGAACAAUUCCGCAAGGAAAAAGAAGAAGCAGAUCAACUCUUCGAAGAACAGAGAAAGAAUUAUGAAGCACGAAUUGAUGCUCUCCAGAAGCAAGUUGAAGAGCAGAGCAUGACAAUGUCUAUGUACAGUAGUUAUACUCCAGAAGAUUUCAACAAUAUUGAAGAAGAUAUAUUCGUCAACCCCUUAUUUGACGCAGAGAGCAACUGGAGUGAGCGCGAAUUCCAGCUAGCAGCUUGGGCAUUUCGUAAAUGGAAAUAUCAUCAGUUUACCAGUCUCCGAGAUGAUCUGUGGGGCAACGCUAUUUUCCUCAAGGAAGCUAACGCCAUUUCUGUAGAGCUUAAGAAAAAGGUUCAGUUCCAGUUUACUCUUUUGACGGACACUUUGUAUUCACCAUUGCCAGUCGAUUUGUUACCAGUACUAGAAGAUGAAGAUGAUGAUGAGAGGCCAUUCCCUCGGACUAUUGUGGCUGUUGAGGUCCAAGAUACCAAAAAUGGUGCAACACAUUAUUGGACACUUGAUAAGCUAAGACAGCGCUUGGAGUUGAUGCGACACUUAUACAAUGAAGACUUGAGUCCCAGCACUCCGGAGGCCAAAGAGGAUUUUUUCCCAUGCCUUACGGUCUGCUCUAAUCAGAAGUUCUCACUCGCAAAUCUUUUGCCUUCGAGACAAAGGCUGGAGCUGAUGCGGGAAAUGUAUCAUAACGAAGCAGAGUUAUCACCAACUUCUCCGGACUAUAAUAUCGAAACUAUUACGGGGGGUGACCCUUUCUAUGAUCGAUUUCCAUGGUUUCGGAUGGUUGGAAGAUCAUUUAUAUAUCUGAGCAAUCUUAUGUAUCCAGUACCACUUAUACAUAAGGUUGCUAUCGUCAAUGAAAAAGGAGAUGUUAAGGGUUAUUUGAGAGUUGCUGUACAAGCUGUUAUUGAAGAGGAAAACAGCGAAUAUUCAAGUGGCGUAAGACAGUCUGCUCGUAUAUCAUUUGAAGACGACUUAUUUGGUAAUCAUAGAUACAACAAACGAAAUACCCUCGUCACACAAACUCUUGAGAAAAAUCAGCAAAAUUUCUUGCAAGAAGAACGUAUGGUUGAGGGACAGACUGAAGUAAAGGAGUGUAAGGAGGGAAAAGAUGAUGAAGAAGUUGGAGAUGCAGAUAGUGGCAGAGGUGAUAGCUCAGUUUCUAGUGAUAUGAAAGAGGAUGAAUUGCCGGAACAUCUUCAACCUGGAGUUGAGUUCACAUUUAGAGUGACAGUAUUGCAGGCAAUGGGAAUAUCAACAGAAUACGCAGAUAUCUUUUGUCAAUUUAAUUUUCUGCACCGACACGAUGAAGCAUUUUCAACAGAACCCGUUAAGAAUGCCGGUAAAGGAAACCCUCCACUAGGCUUUUACCAUGUACAAAAUAUAACUGUGACAGUUACGAAAUCGUUUCUGGAAUAUCUCAAAACUCAGCCCAUUGUGUUCGAAGUAUUUGGCCACUACCAACAGCAUCCACUGCACAAAGAUGCCAAAUUAGAAUACAGUGCCAGGCAGCCACCAAAAAGGAUGCUUCCACCUUCAAUCCCCAUAAGUCAGCCAGUUCGAUCACCAAAGUUUGGUAGUGUUCUACCUUCACCUAGUACGUCACACGUUCACGCCAAAUAUGACGUCCUUGUGUGGUUCGAAAUCUGCGAAUUGGCACCAAACGGCGAAUAUGUCCCAUCAGUAGUUGACCAUAGUGACGAUUUACCUUGCCGUGGAUUAUUUCUUCUUCAUCAAGGGAUACAGCGGCGUAUUCGCAUUACGAUCGUGCAUGAGCAUGCGUCAGAACUUCGAUGGAAAGAUGUUAGAGAACUUGUUGUCGGACGCAUUCGUAAUACCCCAGAACCUGAAGAAGAGGACAAUGAUUCUUCAGUGCUAUCUCUUGGGUUGUUUCCAGGAGAGUAUCUAGAGAUACCAGGGGAUGACAGAUGCAUGUUUAGAUUUGAAGCAGCUUGGGAUAGUUCUCUGCACAAUUCGGCGUUGUUAAACAGAGUGACAUCCUAUGGCGAACAAAUCUUCAUGACCAUUUCUGCAUACUUGGAGCUUGAAAAUUGCGGCAGACCAGCUAUCAUAACAAAGGAUCUCAGUAUGAUAAUUUAUGGACGAGAUGCGAGAGUGGGUCCUCGAUCGCUGAAGCAUUUGUUCAGCGGUCACUAUCGCAAUCAGGAAGCCAAUCGACUCAGUGGCGUUUACGAACUGGUGUUACGACGUUCGUCUGAAGCAGGUAGCCCAGGUGUACAGCGGCGACAGCGCAGAGUACUAGAUACAAGCUCUACGUAUGUUAGAGGGGAAGAAAACCUUCACGGAUGGAGACCACGAGGUGAUAGUUUGAUUUUUGAUCAUCAAUGGGAAUUGGAAAAGCUCACACGACUCGAAGAAGUCGAACGAGUCAGGCACACGCUUUUACUUCGAGAAAGACUUGGAAUUGAUAAAGUACCACUUUGCAAUAAGACAACACAUGAUUUUACCAAAAGUGAGAAGGAGGUAUGUAACAUGGUUGCAAAGGCUACUAGUGAGCCACAUGCGAGCCCGAUCAAACUAAAAAAAUCAACAAGUAAGGAUAUAUACGAGCCUUGGGAAAUGACAGAUCGAGAACGUGAACUCGCAACAAAGUGCGUCAAAUUAAUACAAGGCAGAAUUCCCAGCAAAGAGCCAAUCGUUCUGUCCGACGUAUCACCUGCAGAGGAUACUAUAACUGAUAUGUCUACAUCAAUGAUUUCCUCAAUCAUGUCUACGUCAUCACAAGAGUCAGUAUACCAACACAAAUCUGAUUGGUUUGAACAGCCCAGAGGAAUAAUUAUCCGGACCCGAUCUAAGUCGUGCAUCUUUAGGUUGAGUUCACCAGAGCGUGCUCGUCUUCAGGAACUCCAGGAUAGUAUGAUAGCCGGUGAAUCUGCUAGUCAAGUCAACAGUAUGGCACCGGCGCCUCUCGGUUCCUCAUCACCUUUGAAAGAGAGUUUAGUUCUGUAUGUGCCAGAAGUAGAAGAAAUUCGUAUUAGCCCCGUAAUUGCGAGAAAAGGAUAUUUGAACAUCUUGGAACACAAAACUAACGGCUGGAAAAAACGUUGGGUGGCUGUUCGUAGGCCAUACGUUUUUAUCUUCAAAGAGGAAAAAGAUCCCGUUGAAAGAGCACUUAUCAAUCUUGCUACUGCACAGGUUGAAUAUUCCGAAGACCAACUGGCAAUGGUUAGAGUACCCAACACAUUUAGUGUUGUAACUAAACACCGUGGUUAUCUUCUCCAAACACUCGGUGAUAGAGAAGUUUACGAUUGGCUUUACGCUAUUAAUCCUUUAUUGGCUGGACAGAUUAGGUCUAAGCUGGCUCGCAAGGGCCCUACUUCCAAUAUCGCUUCUAUUACGUUAGCCCCACCUUCAGAGACUCAACCGCAAGCUAAAUGAGUUACUGCAUUACCACCAAAAGGAUUGGAUAUCACAAGCAAACAUUCCAAACAGAUGCGGCAUCGGACCUAUUCUACAUUCGAAUAAUCGGACAACUUUGGUAUAUGAUUUCCGAUUAUAAUCGAACAAUACUAAAUUCAAUUCCACUGAUUCUUGUAAACAGUCUGACUUACUUGAUUGCAAGUGUUUAUGUUAUGCCUGCUGAACGAAGUAUGUAAUGACAAAUUGUAAAAUUGUUCAUUAGGUGAAAGGCUUGGUCAUAAUUAGCUGUGUUUGGAAAUAGAAGAAAAUUACGGCCAUAAUCAUAUCUCAGAAUCGUAUUUGCCCUAGCAUCUACUUUUUUGAAAAGGUUGUACAUUGUAUCUGAAUGUAGUGGUAUUUAAAUUGGAAUAGUUUAAGGAUUGUGUAGAAUCAAUCAUACUACAUACAUUAGCAAUUCAGCUGCAUAUGCAAUUAUUGAUUUGCCUCAAAGUGUACGUUUCUCUGGGUAUUUCGAAUGAAAUACUGUGCAGUUGAGACGGCACCUAAUAGCCUAGAACCUGGAUUUUGUUGUGCAAUAUUACAGGUGCGAACUGGCCAUGAAUCACUAUUCUCGAAGUUAUACAGGUUAUACAAGCGGACACGUUACCCAUGAUGUACGUACGUACAUACGUGUGCUUUUCAUCACACAAAUACACACAUGACGGAUUUAAUAAAAAAAAAUAAUGCAAGAAAAAAAAUUGGGACAGUGAUAUUCAAGUGUGGGUCUAGUACUCUAGUACAAUGUAAAGCAGACUCUGUAUCCUAUACUCGUCUUAAUUCUGAACGCAAGAAGCUAUUUCUGGGUAUUUUCACUUAUGUAAACACAAUCCCGAUGGAUUCAAAAGUUUAAAUAGCACAGCAAGCAGCCAUAGCAAGAGAUAAUUUUACCACCUAUAAAAAAUUCGUAAAUCCGAUUUGCUGAAUAACGAUUUAACAGAUGUCAUACAACUCUGUCACAAGUCAACAAAUGACCGAACUAUGUUUCAUCAUCUUUUUGAUACAGAAUAAAAGGUGCCAGCUACAAAUAUGAUUGGCUUGGCAUCACUAUAUUCCACAAUCAGUAACUUACUAUCGUAUUAAAUAACUAUGGAUGGACGUUUACACACACAUGCACACACGCACACACGCGCACACACACACACACACACACUACAAAAUAAUCGUAACAUAUUGUAUGGCACGAAUUGAAUUUUAUCGUAUUGUACGAUCGAUAACUUUCAGAAAUAACACAGUUUCCAAAUUCAACCUACACAAUACAAUUGGAAGUUAUGUACGGUGUCGAUCAUUUUUAUGAUCAUUCACAUUAAUGUCACAUCAUCUGAGGAAGACUUUUAUGCAGUCUACCAAAACUGCAUUUCUAAUUUAUUCAUAGUGUACCAGUAAGUGAAGAAUCUUUUGAAUUGCUUAUGCUAUGAUAAUAAAACUGCCGAUGUGACAAGUAAGUCUGCAAUGAUUCAUGGCUCAUGAGUAUCAGUGGUUGUUGAGAAGUAUGCAUUUGAAAACAUAUUGUUUAUCACUAUUUUGAAAGUCAAUGUGGAUACCUAAAGGCUUGGUUUUGCACAUAAGUUAAUCGCCAUUACGCUAUACAAGCUAUACAUACAUCCAAAGAAUUGAAGGGCCACCUGGAAAAUUGGAAAUUCUCCAACUUAUCCUGUCUGCAUGAAAGUUUUCAUCUGAUGUAUAGAGCUAAAGCUAGAGCCGAUCUUGUUAAAAAAUAAGCUGUAUUGCAAUUGUUAUCUAUUGGGUUUUAAGAAGAAAAAUACAGUCAAUGAUACUGAGUUUAUGAGAUAAUCCUAAUCCAUUCGUUGAAACGGCCUUUAAGUGAUAUUUACGAUUAUUAUUCCUGUAAAGAUUGUUACGUUACUUUUAUUUAGUAAAUCUAAUUUAAUUUAUUUCAAAGGUGUAUAUACUGUACAGAGAAAAAAAUAGUGCAAAAAUGUGAUCUAUGUUUGGCCGUAAAUUAAUACUCUGACCAUUGAUGUAUAUUCCAAAUACACCACACUCACCCAGCUGUUUUCUAUUUAGAAUAAUAAUUUGCAACUUCUCGAAGUAAGCUACACAAUUUCCAUAAUGUUGCAGUUAUUUCGUCAAAGUGGCAGGUUAAAAUCUAUAAACGUGUAUUAUUUUUAAAGAACUUAUCUUCAUGUUGUCAAUUGCUGCAAUGAAUUAGAUUUCCAUCCAGAAAUUUUGAAGAAUAGAGGGUCAUUCAUUUGUUAACUUUUGUGACGAAUCCGUGUCUGUUUAAUACAGGAUGAUUCCAAUUUGAGAACAGAAAUUAAAGGAGCCAUCAAUCAAUAAUGAAUAGUCAGUAAGUGAAUAAACUAACAAUUGAGCGCACUGCUAUGAUAAAGCGCAAUGCAAAGAUCGCAUUUUUCCAGGAUUUCAAUAGCCGACAAUUGAUGUUAAUCUAAGACGUAUACCACCACACAUUUUUGAUUAUAUACGAGCGAUAGAAUGAUAUCAGACCAGUCAUCACAUGUUCACUCUGGAAGAAAUUAAAAAAUUUCAUGAUCUAACCAAGCACGCAAGUUGAAAAUCGAUAAGUUAAAUAAUUCUUGAAUCCUAACUCGUAAAAUUCUGUAAAACGAAUAAGAUACGCUUUAAUAGCAAUCGCUGGUAUUUCGUUGAUAAUUCAAUAUUAAGAAAAGAAAUAAAAGGCAUAGCAAUGCAGUCGACAAAGAAAAUAAUUUCUAUUUUCUAAAAUAGAAACGUACCGUCAGGUCCAGUACUUGUGAGUAGAUGCACAGCUCACUUUGUACAUUUUAGAUGUAGAUUAUUAUAUUAUGACUAAUUCUCAACGUGACACAUUUGUUAAUGCAUUGAUUGCAUUCUAGUCAAUGAUGUACCUUUGUAUGCAUUUUUGCAUUGUUCGUUAUGAUUGUAAAUUUCAAGGAAAUUUAGUAACGUUCGGUUUACGAUGGUUAUUAUUUUUAACUAAAGCUCUGACAACACUAGUUCUCACGUAUGGCUUUAUUGUAAGGAGAUUUUAGAGAAUUUUGCCGGCGUGUUCACGAGAAAAUGUACAGUAUCAGCUGGUGGUCAGAUUCAAAUUAUCUCAGAGACCAUACUCACAAAUUAAUGAAUGUCACUCAACCGUGCACUAUAAUAUCUCGUAUGUAGCGUAAGAAGAUAAAGACUGGUCUUAUCAGAGCUUACGUUAUCAUUACGCUUGCUGACUGUUGUAGUGUCUAAUAGUUUUAUUUUGUUAUUGAUAUAAUAUUAUAAUAUAAUAUUUAAGAUUUAUUAAAAAUUAAGAUCUCUAUGAUGAGGGAAAAAUUUCUUGACUAUGGAGAGAUUCGAGACGAUGAAUACUGACACGCGGGGCACAUGAAAAUUCUAGAAAUCAAUGGUAAAAAAGAUAUUUAAAUUACUUAUACAAAUAAAUAUAGUAUAUAUACAUAUACGCGAAGAUAUAUGUAUAUAUGUAAAGUGCUGAUUCAAUUUGACCGCAUCGAUUUUAAAGGGUGGUGUCAAGGUCAAAACCGGGGUCUGAAGUCUCACUAAAAAUCUUCCAAACCAAUAAUUCUCGAUAUACAUAUGUAUUAGGCUUCGGGUUCGGUCGAUUCAAUAUUUGUUCCAUAAUCUACGUCAUCUAGGUGUCUCUAGUCCUUGGUCUGGGUCACUCAGGUAUCGCGCCCCGUAAUUUCCUUUGUCCAGAUAUUCCUUGUAGUGGUUCUUGGCCAUCCAACAAGGGAUACUUGAAGACAAUUAUGGUGCGCUAUGUCCGGACAGUCAAGAACAAUGACUUGGCAUAACUCGGGGACGAAAAUGACAUGCAGGAUACCACUGGGUGAUCAGGAACCAAGGCUGGGGUAUAACCAGAUGAUGUAAACUAAAAUCUGGGAACGGACAAAAAAUAAAUAGUUUGGAGUUCUUUCAAAUAUCCAGAACGUAAGAUGGAACAUGGAAACAUUGCAUGCUGAACUCAAUUAUUCUACCCAUUACUACUCAAGAAUUCAAACGCUCGAUUAGUCCACCUCGACUCUUCAUAACUUAAAAAAUAUUGAUCUGGAAAAUUUUUUGUAAAGGACGAAGGUCUAUAGAUUUUGACGCUGAAACCCUCCUUUGAAGUAGGUGCGAUCAAAUUAAAUCACCCACAUAUAUAAAUAUGAAAUUGAUUAUAAUAUACAAAUAUGAACGGUGUAAUUACCAAAAAUGCCCAUGUAUAAUAAGUAUUAGUUUAUGUAUUCAUUUUUGAAGUUCGCAAAGAUUCUUCUGUCACGAUAAUUAAUAUUGGGCAUACAUUAUCUGUAUCAUGUAUUUACUAUCAUCAAUACCGUAAUGAACAAUGAAUCUUACUAUUAUUUGUUUUCGUCGUUGUCAAAGAUACAUUCGUCGUCAUCGUCAUCAUCAUCAUGAUCGUCAUCGUCAUCACCAUCGUCAUCGUCAUCAUCAUCAUCAUCAUCAUCAUCAUCAUCAUCAUCAUCAUCAAUAAUCAAUAUUAUUACUAUUAUUAUUAUCAUCAUUAUUAUAUUAUUAUUUACAUACUACUAGGGCUACUGUAAGUGGAACCAUGUAAUAAAUGAUUCAAUAAAAGCUUAUAAAUGCCUAUGA